CUUCCGGAAGAAGCGGAAGUCAACAGUGGAAAUUGUCAGCUCAUAUGUGAUAGUUUCAUAUUGGAAAACAGAAACAGACACUUAAUUUGAGUCGCUUGACAACCAAAGACACGAACCGUCGACAUGUUUUCAUUCCAGGUGUUCGACCACCCGAUGUCCCGGGGGUUUCAGAACCGCUUCUCCACUCAGUACCGCUGCUAUUCGGUGUCCAUGCUGGCAGGACCAAACGACCGCUCCGACGUUGAGAAAGGAGGCAAAAUUAUAAUGCCACCUUCAGCUCUCGACCAGCUCAGCAGGCUUAACAUCACCUAUCCAAUGUUGUUCAAGCUUACCAACAAGAACUCAGACAGAAUGACACACUGUGGUGUUCUGGAGUUUGUGGCAGACGAGGGAAUCUGUUAUCUGCCACACUGGAUGAUGCAGAAUCUCCUGCUGGAGGAAGGCGGUCUGGUCCAAGUGGAAAGCGUUAACCUCAUGGUGGCCACUUACUCAAAGUUCCAGCCACAGAGUCCCGACUUCCUUGACAUCACGAACCCAAAGGCAGUACUGGAGAAUGCAUUGAGAAACUUUGCCUGCUUGACGACUGGUGACGUCAUAGCUAUCAACUACAAUGAAAAGAUAUAUGAGCUGCGAGUCAUGGAGACCAAGCCAGAUAAAGCAGUAUCCAUCAUCGAGUGCGACAUGAAUGUGGAUUUUGAUGCACCUUUGGGUUACAAAGAGCCUGAGCGACGACCUCACCACCAGGAAGAACCAACAGAGGAAGAAGGAGAUCCCAGCAGUUACGCUGAUAUGGACACAGGAUUCAGAGCUUUCACUGGGUCUGGCAAUCGUUUGGAUGGUAAAACAAAAGGGAUUGAGCCCAGCCCAGCUCCUCUUGGCCCUAGUGACAUUAAAAGGGGCAUUCCCAACUACGAAUUCAAAGUUGGCAGGAUCACCUUCAUCAGAAACUCGAAGCCUCUGCCCAGGAAAAUUGUAGAUGAUGAUGACGCCAUGAACAGAUUCAUCGCCUUCUCUGGACAAGGACAGUCACUACGCAAGAAGGGCAGAAAGCCUUGAAGAACUCAAAGUGGAGAGGCUGGUUUAUGUGCACAGACCCAACAUCUAUUUUCACCUUCAACAGCAAAGUAAAAAACUGGCCUUCAGAUGCACUGAGGUUUUGCCUCUGUCCUUUUUGAAAUGGGAGUGUUGCUGUUUUGUUUGGGAUUAUAAAAACUCUCAUGGUAAUAUUUUGCUCAUCAGAAGCUGAUCUUGGGGGGGGGGGGGGGGUAAUUUG